AUGGGUGACAACACUGGCUCAGCCUCCGCCGUCCCACCUGUUGUCCUACCAACUUCGUUGAGCGACGCCCGCAUCGACUCUCUUCCAUCUAGCGCCUACUACAUUCCCGAUUUCAUAUCCGAGGACGAAGAGCGAAUCAUUCUAGAUAAAAUUGCAUCCGCCCCCAAGCCUCGCUGGACGCAGCUCACCCACCGUCGCCUUCAAACCUGGCCCUCAGACCUAGUCAACAACAAGCUCGUUGAGGCUCCGCUCCCAGCAUGGCUCAACGAACCCGUCAUCUCGCGCCUCAAGGCCAUUCCUCGAACGCAAGAAUCCGACGCGCCUGACUUGUUCUCAGAUAGCCCACAUCAGCAGCCCAACCACGUUCUCAUCAAUGAAUACCCCCCAGGUGUUGGCAUUAUGCCUCACAAGGACGGAAAUGCAUACCAUCCCGUAGUCGCCACUGUGAGCCUGGGAGCGAGCCUAUGUCUCAAUAUUCACAAGAGUAAGGAAGAUGGUGCACUUGACCCUGUUCCUGCAUGGAGAAUCCUUCAAGAACCACGGAGCCUUCUCAUAACCACCGAAGAACUGUAUACCGAUUACCUGCACGGCAUUUCUGAUAUCACAGCGGAUGUCGAUCUGUCAGCAGAAACCGUAGCGAACUGGAGCCUUCUAAGGUCCACUGACUAUGUGGAUGGUCGUAAUAGCCGAGCCACGCGCACCAGCCUGACCUAUCGAGAUGUCUUGAAGGUCGCAAAGCUUGGAAACAAAUUCGCAAUGUUUCAAAAGAAGUAG